UUAAACACUGACACUAAAAGAUGGUGGUGUCAGCUAAGGUACUCUUCAGUAUGUUGCCAAUACAUUUCGUACUAUGUGUAAAGUUCAGUCCUACUAGGACUAAUGUAAACCUAGGCCACAACGGAAGUCCACAGUUUAUGACAUGAGAAGACCUUUCCUAGGCACAAAGUUCAACUCUUCAGAGAGUGUUAUAAAUACGCCUCAGAGCAGAAGUCCAUAGUUUUUGGACUGCACGGCAAGAUUGUUUAUGAGUGAUAAAAUUGCCGGUUGUAACCUCGGAAAACGAUGCAUCGCCCAGAGCUGCGGGUAGCUGUUAUCGGUGCAGGGGCCGCGGGCCUCUGUGCGGCCCGACAUCUGUUGGAAGAACGGCGGGCCCUAUGCUCUGAGGUGGCGGUGUUUGAACAGUCAGGUUCUGUGGGUGGCAUAUGGGUAUACAGUGAGAAGAUUGGCACCGACGAGUAUGGCGUGCCAUUCAACUGUAUGUACAGAGAUCUCAGGACGAAUCUGCCGAAAGAGAUUAUGGCCUUUCCUGAUUAUGCUUUCAAGUCUGACCUUCCCUCUUUUGUUGGCCAUUCAGAUGUUAAGGAAUACCUCGAGAGUUACGCAGAUCACUUUAAGAUUAGAAAGCAUAUUCAGUUUCACACAAAGGUAGAGCUGGUGAGACCAACUGUCAGCGAAGACGGAAGGAAUAAAUGCAUCUGGGAAGUUACUGUGUCCAACCUCAUUAACAAGAGUACGAUGACGGAAAUAUUUGAUGCUGUUCUAGUUUGCAGUGGCCAUUAUUCGAAGCCUUACAUCCCCCACAUUCCUGGUAUAGAGAAGUUUAAAGGACAGGUCAUGCAUAGCCAAGAUUACCGCUUCCCAGAGGCAUUUGCUGGCAAAAAUGUUGUACUACUUGGAGCAGGGCCAUCUGGUACUGACAUUGCAUUUGAACUUUCUGCCAUUGCCAAGGCUGUAGUUCUGAGUUACUCCCAGCUUUCUCUUCCAUUUGUGUUGCCCUGUAAUGUUAGCUUGGCUCCUGGUGUGGAUCAUUUUUUGGAGGAUCGAGUUGUGUUUCUUGAUGGGACUGAACAACUUGCUGACAUAUUUAUGUUCUGCACAGGUUACCAGUUGUUCUUCCCAUAUUUGUCCCAGGAAGUGGGCCUGCAAGUCCAGGAAAGUAUUGUGCCACCAUUGUACAAACACAUUGUAUGCGCCAACUUUCCUUCUUUGUUUUUUAUUGGCAUGUGUAAGAAAGUCUGUCCAUUCCCACACUUUCAUUGCCAGAUUUUGUUUGUACUUUCUAUCCUAGAUGGGUCAUAUGUUUUGCCAUCUGAAACAGAAAUGAACAGCACUGUGGAGGAAGCAUACAAAUCCUUUAUGAGUCAUGGGACAAGUUUGCGUCAUUUUCAUACACUUGGCAACCUUCAGUGGGACUACCAUGAUGAUCUUGCCCAUUUGGGCAAGUUCAGUCCUUUGCCUGCUUUUAUUCAAAGUAUUUAUUGUGCAGUUAAAGAAAGCAGGGCAAAGGACUUUGCUAGCUAUAAAAAUGACAACUACAGAGUUAUUAGUGAUGGUGAAUGGCUAUUGGAUGUUAAAAAUGACCUGGAAACUGCUGGUAGCCAUUAUAGGAAGACACACAGUGCAUCACAUUUUCUACUGAUGACUGACUUUAUGCACUGGUUUGAUAUGGUAUUUUGUCAGCCCCCAGCUCUGUUCUAGCUGUGUGACCAUUUCAUUUUUCCCCCGUUUAAAAGGAACCCUAAGCUGUGUAAAGUCACACAUUACCCUCCAGGCAUCCUUACAUUCUAGAGCAUUUUCUGAAAGAUCAAGUUAAAAGACGUAAGCCAAACAAGGGAAAAUGUAUUGGAAAGGUGCAAACAGCAAUGCUUUCGGUAGUCUCUACAGUGAUAACUGUUCAUGCAUUCACAGUUUUUAUAUCCGUAUUGUAAUAUAUUUAUGUACUGUUUUAUAACUGGAAAUGUGGACUAGGCUGAAGACCUUUUUAGUCAUUGUUCAGUCACAGGCAUGCAAACAGAGUAAGAACAGAUGAGUAAUGCACAUUAAAGCUGUAUACCCACAGAGUAAACAAAAUGACUGGUGUACAGGAUAAUUACAUAAGAGAAUUUAAAACAUUUUUGUUUGAACAUUUAUACAUAAUAAAACAACUUAAAUCUA